AUGAGCGAGUACUCGAAAGCACUUUCAUCGUACGAACGAUCACUUGAAAUCCGAAAAACAGCUCUCCCUCCGAAUCAUCCCGACUUUGCUCAAUCCCACAACAACAUCGGUUCGGUGUAUAAUAACAUGGGCGAGUAUUCGAAAGCACUUUCAUCAUACGAACGAUCACUUGAAAUCCAGAAAAUAACUCUCUCUCCGAAUCAUCCCGACUUUGCUCAAUCCCACAACAACAUCGGUUUGGUGUAUAAUAACAUGGGCGAGUACUCGAAAGCACUUUCAUUGUACGAACGAUCACUUGAAAUCCAAAAAAUAGCUCUCCCUCCGAAUCAUCCCGAUUUGGCUACUUCCUACAGCAACAUCGGCAUAGUGUAUGAUAAGAUGGGCGAGUACUCGAAAGCACUUUCAUUGUACGAACGAGCAUUUGAUAUUGACAAGAAAGCUCUCCCUCCUAAUCAUCCCGAUUUGGCUUCUGACUACAACAACAUCGGUAUGGUGUAUUCCCACAUAAGCGAGUACUCGAAAGCGCUUUCAUAUUACGAAAAGGCGCAAGACAUAUGGAAAAAAUCACUACCUUCAAAUCAUCCACAUAUUGCACUUGUGAAAAGAAACAUUGACAAUGUAAAAAAGAAAAUGUAACUGUUUUUUUUAAAUGAGAACAUAAAGGAAGGGGGGCGUUAAGAGGCGAAAAUGGCCCCUCGUUGGAGUUCGACCUUGUCUUCCCAAUUUUACCAGUUUAGGUGCCAGAAGUCUAUUUCUAUUGAAAUUAGACAAUUUGAUGCGUUCCACAUUGUACCCGACUCGACUUAGUUAUUCUUCUUUUCUCCAUGUUAUAUAGGGCAAGUAUAGCACUUUUAAUUAGCAGAAACAUCUCAAUCCAUUUUGAAUCAUAUACUAAUCGAUAGAUCUCUUCGAGAUCCAUCAGAUGAUGGUAAAAUAUCUAGAGAAAAAAGUGGGUAAGUGGAUCUGAUGGUCGACACAAUGGGGACAGAGUCAUAUAUUACAGGGUGUAGAGUGAUGGUGGAGAACUUUUGUCUAUGAGAAACAUGCAGGUCCACUCUGAAUUAUACACUAAACGAUAGAUCUCAUCGAGAUCUAUCAGAUGGUGAUAAAAUAUCUAGAGAAAAAAGUGGGUAAGUGAGUCUAGUGGUCGACACAAUUGGGACAGGGUCAUAUAUUACAGGGUGUAAAGGGAUGGUAGAGAACUUUCGUCCAUGAGAAACAUGCAGAUCCACUCUGAAUUAUACACUAAUCGAUAGAUCUCGAUGAGAUCUAUCAGAUGAUGAUAAAAUAUCUAGAGAAAAAAGUGGGUAAGACACUCCAUUGAUACAUACAAUGCUCAUUAAUGCCCAAAACUGCCCUUUUAGACUGAUUUUGAUCGAUUUUCUCUUGAAUAGUCAGGCUUGUUAUUUAAAAAAAUUAUAUAUUUGAAAUCAGCACAAAAAACUGAG